UUGCUUCAAGCCGAGGGGCGAGGGCUUGGGAUAGGCAAUGUAGGCUACGCUUUUCUCUUUGAAGGAUAUACGGACAAUGUAUUUUGUUCGGCCAAUCACUUUGUUAUGCGUCAUCAAGCAAAAGCGCACAUUUACUAGCAUAGGCGUAGCUGUUUCUUUUGUUGACAUGAUAUUAGCGCUACGUUUGAGCUCUUCGAGGUCACCAUUCAAUAGUGCUAGAGGUAACUACGAAAACUUAUUUACAGGCGCUGAAAUGAAACGGCUGCCUGCAGACACUGUGCGACUCUUGUCCAGCUCCCAAAUCAUCACCUGUGUGGUGAAUGUGGUAAAAGAGUUGCUUGAGAACUCCCUGGAUGCUGGUGCCUCAUGUAUAGAGUUAAAAUUGGAGAACUAUGGACUGGAUCAAAUUGAAGUUAGAGACAAUGGGUCGGGAAUUAAAGUUGCAGAUGCACAUGUGAUGGCUUUGAAACACUACACUUCAAAAAUGUGUAGCUAUGAUGACCUGGAGUGCCUGGAGACAUACGGAUUCAGAGGAGAAGCUUUGGGAUCCAUCUGUGCCGUGGCAGAGGUAACUGUCACAACUAAGACUAUUGAAGAUGAUGUCAGUACCCAGUAUGUGCUAGACCACAAAGGCAAAGUCACUGCACAGAUGCCCACUCAUCUAGGAAAAGGUACCACAGUUAGUGUGUUGAAGCUUUUUAAAAGUCUUCCUGUGAGAAGGCAGUACUGUGCCAACAUAAAGAAGUGCAAAGAAGAACUGAAGAAAGUGCAAGACAUCAUGAUGGCCUACGCCAUCUUAAAACCAGCGCUAAGGCUCAUCUUCAUUCACAAUAAGGUUGUAGUAUGGCAAAAGACCAAAGCAACAGAUCACAGGAUGGCCCUCUUGGCCACACUUGGGGCAAACACUGUAGCAAAUCUUGUCCAUUGUCAUCAUCGACUAGAGCAACCAGAGAUUUUAAUAGAUGGAUACUUUCCAAAACCUGGUACGGAUUAUUGUUCUAACAGCUCCAGUAACCCUGACAAAGCGUUCAUCUUUGUCAACAAUCGGCCUGUCCAACAAAAAGAUAUCCUAAAGUUAGUGCGGCAGCACUACAUGGCCCAGCCAUACCUGGCAGACUCAACACACUGUCGCUAUCCCAUCCUAAUGCUUAAUAUCAUAGUUCCAGCCUACAGUGUAGAUGUCAACCUGAAGCCUGACAAAACACAAGUUCUGCUUCACAAUAAGGAGGCUGUGCUGACUGCAGUGGAAACCCUACUGGUUUCCCUCUAUAGAUCCGGGCUAAAUGCUGAGGCUCUACCAAUCAGUAGAACGGACAGGAGAGCAUCCUCCAUUUCAGUCAGUCCUCAGCAUGCUAGAUGUUUAUUGCCUGCCAGUUUGGCAAUGUCAGAAGGAAUGGAAAAUGUCAGGGAUGUGUCCAAGGCUACAUCUGUCUGUGUUACCAGCGCUAUAUCAAAGUUUUCGGGGGCUGACGCACUUCUUAAUCAUGAACCUGCAAUUAGCAGUUCCUCAUCUUCCUCCGCAGAUGACUGGAUAGUUAAUGAGAUCCCAGUGGACUUAAAUGUCUCCCUUCUAGAAGAUGACACAGUACUGAGGACAGACUUAACAGAUACAGUUCUAGGGGGAAACUUGACAUGGUUGUCAGAAGAAAGUUGGAGUAGAGGCACUGCUCUGCUUGACCCCUGUACAGAGGAAGCCCUGCAGUCUGUUAAACUCUAUUCACCCACUGGGAGAGGCUAUUUGGGCGUAGGUAAAGUCAAAGGCCAGUGCCGUCUUGAAAAAAAGGUGUCUGAUGCCAUUACAGAUAAACAGGCAUCACUGACCGCUAUUGAUCUGAUCAAUCAUCAUGUCCUGAAGACACCCCUUUCCCCUGCUUCACUGUGUGAGAAGGAGUACAGAAGUGAGGUUCUACAGGAGAAGCCAAAAGCAAGCCUCAAGAACAUUGGCACUGCUGUGCAGGAGAGAAGGAAAAUCCUGGGGAAGGAGGACAGAAUAAGGUAUGAGGAGAAGGCAAAGAAACACUCUAAGCGCUAUGACCAUUCGACACUGUCUCUGCUCCAAGGCCAGAAACGCAAGGACCCACUUUCCAACCAGAAGGUCCUGACCCAGGUGUUCUACCCCCAGCCCCAGAAGAGGAAGAAUACUGGGUUAAAACUAUCCCAGCCCCUUCCUUUUAGUAUAACUGCUCUUAGACUGAAGCUCCAUCGUCUAUCAUUCAAGAGCGGACCAAGACCAAGAGGUCACAGUCUUGUAAACAGCCUAGCCUCUCAGAGCUCCUGGGUCAUUUUAUAUGGUAGCAAGCUCAUGUUGUUAAAUCCGUAUCGGGCAGAGGAGUCCCUGAUUUUUAAGAGACUUCUAGAGAAUAGCAUACUUCCAACUGUGACUCUACGGAACCCUAUACAGUUGACAGACAGUGCACUUGGGGUUGCUGAGUAUGCCCAAGCUCUAUAUGCAAUGGCAAUGGGGAGUCCAGAGCUUAAUGGAAUGACCCUCUUUGCUGACCCCAGGCUUGUGGCAAAUGGCUUUGAAAUCAAACUCAAUCCAGAAUCCCUGUCUGCAGAGAGACAACUGGAAGUGACAGCAAUGGCGAACUGCAUACCUUUCUACGGUAUGGAGGACCUUAGGGAGAUCCUGGCGACUGUCCUGCAUAGUAAUGCCAAGACAGUGGGAGAGUGCCGGCCACUCAAAGUCACCAACUACUUUCAAGAAGAAGCUGUUCGCUUGGCCUGUCAGUUGCCUGUAACUUUGACUAAAGAGGAUGUAGAGGACAUGCUCUUACGGAAGAAACAGCAACUUGGAGAGACAACACAGACUUGCAUCCAUGGACACUCAUUUCUUACACACUUAUGUGAUGUUCCUGACACUGAAGAGGAGGCUAUGGCUUUAGUAACGGAAAAAUUCACCAACAAACCAUUAUUUUACAAUAAGUUUACCUGAUUGACUGCCAAUUCCAACUGCAGAUUUUGUAUUUUAUGUUUUACACAAACCUUGACUUUCUUGAGCUAAUUGGAUAUCAGAUCAAAUAAGUUGUGUACAGUUAGUUCUCCUGGAAAUGGUAGUGUUAUUACAUGUUAUUCUAUGUGGAGCUGCAAUUCUUUCUGCUUUUUGUGUGCGAUACUUGAAAAUAUCUAAACGUAUUUAUAUACCUGAUUGCAUCAAUAAAUGUAUAAUGACUUCCUUGUAUCACAAUGUAUGAUUUUACUAUUUUUGUGAAAAUACUAUAACGUGUGAUGGAAUAUGGUGUGAAGAGCUUCUCUGAGCUGUUUUCAAAUUGCCAAGAGCUUGUAAGCAUUUCAUCAUGUUGGCUUUCACAGAGAACAAUAUCCCCCUUAUACAGGAAAGGGUUUAUAGAUUGUAGUCACUUUGAAAACAUUUGCUCAAAUUGUAUAUAUCCAUUUGUAAAAGUAGGCUACUUUCAUGUGUUUGUAGACAAAUGUUAUUGGACAGUUAUAGCAAAUCAUAUCCUCCAGUCUGAAAAAGAUAACACUUUGCAACAGCUUGGUAAUAUUUAUUGCCCUGCCUGGUUAAAGAGAGUGUUUUCAUUGCAUCCUACAUCUCUGAAUAUCUCAGUAAAAAUGAAACGUUACAGUUGAAUUGGUCCAAAACACCUCAGCUAUAUAUUGCAAACAGUAGCAUUAAAUAUGUACUUGUUAUGUGGGGGUGUAGCUGGCCAAGCAAUCCUCCCGUAGGUGGUCAUCUGUGUUACUAAGUCAGAGGACAUUUGCCAGUUGGCAUCAAUUGUGAGCAUGAAAGCAGAACCUUCAAGCAACAAAGUGACAAACGAUUAUAAACUGUAGUAGUUUCCCUGUGGAAAAACAAUUGGGCUUUGUAUAACUAGGUGAGGCUGCUGUAAAGUAUGGAGAGUGUUCAUGAGUGUAACCAUGUUGACUUGGUUAAAAUCACUUGGGAUAGAUGGUCCCCCCAAGGGUAGAUGGUCAGUUCAAAGACUGACCAUCAACCCCAGGGGUGAGGAACGUCUGGCCUUUGGGCCGUAUACGGCCCCUGAGGCUGUGAAGUAAAAUAUUAAUUAAAAUGUUUAUGACAACAAAAUAUAAAAGGUAUGUUUAAUUUUUGGGCUGUGAUAAAAAAGCCAAUCUAGAACGUCAUUACAAUU